CUAGCCAGCGUGUGGAUGUGACACGUAGCUCAGGCGAUUUUAAUUUUUAUCAAGAUAUACUAAGAACCGUACAGUUUUCGCAGAUGCUAAACGCUUCCGAAGAUUUAUAACUUAUUCAGAAAAAUAUAAAUAAGUAGUAGAUCCAUUUUUGGAAACAUUCUUAGAAGCAGCAUUUCUACGGGACUGAUAUUAGGAAUCAUUCAAACGACCUAGGCAACAAUAGAUUUAAGUUAAUACUGUAUUGAAGCUUCACUUUGAUAAAAGUACAUAAACUAUAUUAUAUAUUUGUGACACAUAAAUCAACGUACCUUAAAUAGCAAGUUACAAUUGACCUUCAUUACCAAGUGGACAUUAGAACUGGACUGACUUCUAAACCAACAGGUUACUUUUCGUACAACUGUGCUUGCAGUGCUUGACGUUGAUAAUACGUAUUACAGACCUUGUCAAGAGUUGACAGUAGUACGUGUUGUGGUCUUGACAGUACGUGAUACGGGCCUUGUCAAGUGCUGAUAGUUCGUGUUGACAGUACAUGUUACGGUUCUUACCACGUAUUGACAGUACAUUCUACGGCCUUUAACACGUGUUGAGUGCGUGCUACAUACGUAUUGACAAUACUGUUCCUCACAGGCAUUGUUGGAACCGUUGACUGUCGCGGCUGAAUUGUUUAAGGCAAGGAACUAAGAGACUACUAGUAAACUACAGUGAAGCUGACUCUGCUAAAACAACGUCAUGUGAGAGGCCAGAGGCACUGGUGCACGUUUAGGACUGCUAUGAUUACACAGCUUCGUGUCAGCAUGUUAUUAUCUGUUGCGUGACGUGAAGGGGAGUGCGAGGCAGUAUACAAAGCCAUCUUGAGCUACCUCCCCUAGACUUGAGUUCGUGCCCGUGUCCAGCAUGAAUGAGAAGAGUGAACCGAGCGAAUCUGCUGCCUCCGCCAGUGGCAGCAGUAUGAAGGUCAAUGUCAUGUAUAGGGGCAUAGUGUACCGGGUGCGAGGCAUCAAAGUCCUCUGCUCCGUCGUCACCGCCGUCAUCCUGCUUCUCGUCGCUAUUGUCGGACUGGGUGUCUGGAUGCUGGUCAGUGCCUACGCAGAAGAGAAGGCGGAGCCAUUCGACAAUAAUGUCAAUGCAACAGCGCAAGCCCAAGGGAGCAAAGAUACAGAGAAUCCUCUAUCAACACCCUCUACUAUAGACUUCAACGCCCCGAGUGUUAUACUUGAAGAUCUUCCUAUCGCGGAACAGAUACCUAUAUCGCACUCUGAUGAUGAUCAUGUUAACGAGGCUGUGGGUCAUUUCCAGGCCGUGACGCCAAGCAGGGAUCUUACAGCUCCGUCUCACAAUCCUAGUCCAGACCCAACCUUUGGACUCUUCGAUGGACUGCUGGAACUAAGAGAUAAAGACUCAGAGGGAACCACACCUGUCGCAGAUACCCCACCUGAUUUCUGGCGGCCCAUAGACAUCACUCAUGAGAGUGACAGUAUUGUUGAGCACUCUGAGAGCGAACCUGUGGUGGUCCCUUUUCCCUCAGAUCGUUAUAGCGAGUACAGAGAGGGGGCAUCUGAGUUCGCACACAACAGCAACAGAAGAGUGGAUGACUUCCCAGAAGACAAUAUUCCUAAAUAUCCACUGCAGGGAGGUCUUCCCGAUAACAUUCCUCGGGACAUUGAUCCGGCACUGCUCGACAUGGGGCUACCAUUUCCAUACCCACCAUCCCUCUCUACGACAUUGGCACUCCCAUCCUCUACCACCCCCAUGUCCAGGAGACCCAGCAACCUCCAUCAUUAUGUAGACUUGCAACAUUCACCGACAGAAACCCUUCGUCGACAGCAUUCCUUACCACCCCUCAACUCGCGCCCACCGUAUACAUACCACGCAGUCUACGACCCACCACAACCCGACGAUUACAGCGAUCAACCUGCCCACGAUCCCCCAGAACGCUACGAUUACAGUGAACAAACGACUGAUGACCAUGACCAACCAUAUCAACAGAGUCACGAAGUACCACAGCAAACCUACGAGCACUACUACGAACCAUCAUUACAAGGCAGUCGUCUAUCAUACCAACCGUUAACUCUCCGCGAAGCACCAACUGAGAUAUCGGAGGCUUUUCCCGGUAUGUCAGAUAAUGACAACUCUCAAAAAUACAAUGCAAAACGAGGUGAGCAAAUAUCGCAGGGAUUCACGAUGCCACCAGGUAUCAAGAUUCCUGAAGGUAUUAUGGUGCCAACAGGUGUUACAAUACCAGCAGGUUUUAAGAUACCAACAGGGAUGACGUUACCGGAAGGAGUCACCGUCCCCGAAAACCUGGAGAACCUGCGAAAUUCUGAAGGAGAAAAAUUAGAUCGUGUAAGGCUAGGCUCAGCGGGUUAUUUCGAAGAUAUGAUGUAUUAUUACAACAAACAUGAAAGAAAAGCGACAAAUAUAUCUGAACAUUCAUCUACUCCCGAAGAGUCGCAGUACAGCCAAAGAAAGGGCCUGACACAGGAGGACCCUGGAUACUCUGGCCCACCCGUGGUUGGUUAUAGUGACAGAGUUCAUGCCACGGAACGCAGCACAUCAGACCCAGUAUUUCAGUAUUUCUGGGAUGCAUAUCAUCAUAACGGUAAACCACCAGCCGAGCAUGACGACAGAGGACCUGUUCCUGAAGAAGCUUCGACACAAAGUUGGAGAUCGCCUCCACCAAGAAGGCAACGACCUCGUAUUAGUGCCUUUCAGCCUAACAGUGGUGGUGCUCGACCCAAAAUUCGAGGUCUUUUACCCAAUGGGCAAGGCAACCGCCCCUUGCCUUCACGUCUAGACGCUGAACGGCCCCCAGUGCAAAUUCCAAAUCGAAGUCUUUGGGUUGAUCAAAAUAAUCGACCUCCACCACAGACAACUGCAAGGCCUGAUCACAAAGCUUCCACGAAUCACAGACCUUUGUUGGGCCCUCUGUAUGACAUAUAUGAAUAUUCUCAGAGGUUAGCAUCUACGUUAUUAAGCUUCCCAGCAAAAAUUGACAGCCGGUUCAAUGAAUCUAGAAAAGAAUACAUGCAAAAUGAGGUGGAAUUACUGGAAGAUUACAAUAAAGUGUUCAAAGAAGCAGACACAACAAGCGCCGAUGUGUUGCCCGAUAUGUUUGACAAUAGACCUGGCAGGAAUGAGCGCCUCAUGCUUCUUGACUCUGAGAAACUUCGAGCUCUGAACCCUUUUGAGCUAUCGCUCAUUACCUGGACAUUUUUGGAUUUCUGGGAGUUCCUUAUUGAGAAAGUCGGUACCCUAUCCAAAGAAGACCUCCAAUUGCUAGAGCUACGACUGGAGCGUUUAAGACAAAACAAGGACCGUGUGCUGACACAAAACUUCAUGAAAGCAACAGUCAAUGAAGUGUCUCAGGCUUCAGACAGAAGCUUUCCAGAACUCUCUCACGCAAUUACAAUGGUAGAGGAUCUUCUCGAGAGUCUUCCAGAGGUGGAGAAGGUCGAGGACACAGAUACUUCUUCCUCCCAUGACGUGGUAGAGGGACGCAUGUGGGAUCCACUCGGAAUGUUCAGUUCUGAGCAGCGUGUGAAGUUUAUGGAAUUCGCGAUCAAGGUGUUGUUUAAGUUCGGUCGCGUUUAUCUGAAGAAGCGGUACGCGUUGGACUGCAUGAUGCUGCUUUUCUGCAAAGACCUUAAUGCCAACACCAAGAAACGUGGAAUGGAUGGCAUGGCAGCCAAAAUAAAGAGCGUGGGUCUGAAGGUGCUGAUUGAACGUGAGAACCGUCAGAUGGAUACCAUCGGUGAGAUAUGGCGCUCCCUCACCGCCUGGGAGACCCUCCAGUGUGACGUCAUGUUCCCUAAAUGUGAUGGACCCAAGGCUCUGGAGAUCGUCAACGACGUAGCCCUGGGCUCCCGCAAGUAGAGAAGACAGCACUCUGCAGAAGUCUUAUUCCAGGGGCCUCCCUCAUCUCUAGAACCUCUGUAUUAGGCGCUGCUGUCCUAGCCACCGUUAUGAAAUGAAUGAGAGAACCCUCUGUAGGAAGUCUCUUGCCCUGCAAGAUUGGGCAACAAGACUCAUCCUUGUGUUACUUUGCUCUACCGGGAGAGGACUUCAUAGAACUUUACCUAGGGAGUUUUUUAACUGCAGGAUCUCUUCCCGAAUACCUUUAGCCAAUCCCUUGACUAACAUAUCAGUAAUAUAUAAAACUGGCGUGAUAUACCUUCUUGGUCGAUGUGUAACCAACUCUUAUUAUGUAUAUUUGUGUUAUCUCUUCGCAAGAACGUACCUGACACACGUUAUUAACUGUCGGUAAAGUCAGUGUCCCCUCAGUGUAUUCAGUGUCAGGGAUACUGAAUAGUCACCCUAAAUAUACUCACAUGAAGUUUCGCUAAGACAUAAAUAAUAAGCUUCAGGUGCUUCCCCUCUCAGUCUAAGUUCGGGUUAAUCAAAACAGAGGCAGAGAGGUGCGUGACAGCACAGUGUUUGUCCUGGGAAUACUUUUAACAAUCUGCACAUUUGUAAAUAUAUAUUUGUUGGGGAUCUGUUUAGAUAAUGAACCGCCUUCACAAGAAUGAGCACAUAAUGAUUGUGGUGUAAUGUUCUUGCUGGGGUUGUGCGUGUUCACCUCCGAGAGCAGACCCCCCCCCCCCAGAACUGUACAAACGGUCGCUACCAAGCCUUGUCGACCUGGGUGUGUGUGUAAGCCUAUGUGUUGACAAGUUAUCAUGUUAUUUAUAGUGUUAUCCUUUCCAGGAGUUUAUUUAUUGAUUUCUUGCGACUAUUUAUUUGUUGUUAGUUGUAAAUUGUUAUGGCCUUGUUAUCCUAACAAUAAAACAUUUUAUAUAA